CCCUAGUGCUCCUGCAAUAACUCAAGGCCACACAAGGAGGGGCAUGUUCCAACUACUGCAGGGAGGGAAAAGGCAGGGCUAUGUUUGGGAGGGACAAAGCCGAGAGCAAGAGAGAAAGUGUCUGCUGUGGAAGUUGGAGGAAAAAUUCUGCUAAUUCACACAGCAUCUUCCAGUACCUGUCUCAAGCCAUCUGCAGUUGCUGACAGACAGUUACAGGAAAUUUUGCCAAGGUGAUUCAUGGUUUGAAUGCAAAUCAGUUGACAGAUCAAGUAAUUCAGAGAAGUAAGCGAAUGAUUCUGGAUACUCUUGGAGUGGGGCUUCUGGGUACCAGCACCGAGGUCUGCCAAAAAGUGACACAGUACAGCAAGAUCUACAGCUCAGAUUUAUCCAGUACCAUCUGGGGCCACUUGGAUUUCCGACUGCCUCCUCUGUAUGCAGCUUUUGUGAAUGGAGUGGCUGUGCACUCAAUGGACUUCGAUGACACCUGGCAUCCAGCCACACACCCAUCCGGGGCUGUGCUCUCCGCAGUGAUUGCACUCUCAGAGGCCUUUCCUCAGAAGAAAAAAAUCUCUGGUCUUGAUCUGCUCUUAGCUUUCAAUGUGGGAAUUGAAGUGCAAGGCAGGUUGCUGCACUUCUCCAGAGAAGCCAAGAAUAUUCCAAAAAGGUUUCACCCACCAGCUGUGGUUGGUACAAUGGGGAGUGCAGCAGCUUGUGCUAAACUGUUAGCUCUUGACCAGCUGGAAUGUAAAAAUGCCUUGGCUAUUGCUGCCUCCUAUGCAGGUGCCCCACUGGCUAAUGCAGCAACCCAGAUAAAGCCCCUCCACGUUGGGAAUGCUGCCAAGCACGGAUUGGAAGCAGCUUGCUUAGCUUUACAGGGUCUUGAAGGAAACAAACAGAUCUUGGACAUGGAGUCAGGGAUGGGUGCCUUUUAUACAGAUUACAACCCACAGACUCUGCCAACCUUGCAGUCCUACCCCUGGCUCUUGGACCAGCAAGAUGUGGCCAUCAAACGCUUUCCUGCUCAUCUUGCAACACACUGGGUGGCUGAUGCAGCAUCUUCUGUUAGGAGGAAGCUUGUGGAGAGCAGUGAGAACUUGCUCCCCCUUGAUAAAAUUGAGAAAGUCAUUCUCAAAGUCCCUGAGGUCAAAUAUGUGAACAGACCUAGCCCAGCCUCAGAGCAUGAAGCACGACACUCCUUCCAGUUUGUUGCGUGCUCUGCUUUGCUGGACGGCAGCAUGUCAGUCCAGUCCUUCUCCACUGAGAAUGUUCACCGGCCAGCCUUGCAGGAGCUCCUCUGCAAAACACAGCUGGAGCACCCUCCUGACAACACCCCCAGCUUUGACAGCCUUUACUGCGAAGUGAGCAUCAUACUUGAGGAUGGCAACAUGAUCAGCGACCGCUGCACUACCUUCUACGGGCACUGGAGGAAACCUCUGAAAAAGGAGGACUUGGAGAAAAAGUUUCAAUCCAAUGCCCUUGGCAUUCUGCCUGCUGAAGCUGUGGAAGGCAUUGUAGAGACCGUGUACAACCUGGAAAAAGUAGAGGACUGCUCUGUGUUAAGUACAUUCCUAUCAGGACAGUCAGCUAGAGCGCUUCCAGAGAAGCUGCGCUUCCUUUGAAUGUUCCAGCCAACAGCUACCUGCUCUUCACAAAGCCAAUGCAAAAUUCAGGACAAACUCUUACUUAGUGACUCAAGCACUUUUAAAUAAGACUCCUAUAACACAAGAACCAUAUUCAGUCCAAUAUUGUGGAUUUUAACUAACUAAAUAAUUUGGUGAUUAUGUGCCCAGCUUAGUCAGGCUGAACAGAAGAUCCUCUGCUGGCACAACCAACUUCAGCUAUCUUUGGACCUCUAGAGGCAGAGCACUCACUGCUUGCGCAUGGCACAAAAAUCUCCUUGCUCUACUGCCAAAAAUCUGUGUGCUGUUGCUCCUAAAUAACUCCAUACAGGAAAUCCAAAUUCUGGAAGAGUAUGGAAGUGCUGUGUCCAUGAAAAUCAUCACAGUUAGAAGUACAGAGAACAAGAGCCGUUAUAUAUUUAUUUCUGUAGAUUUAUUUCUACAAUCUCCUUGAAGAGGGCACCUGUUACAUAUGAGCGUUGACAUUUGUGCUAAAAUAAACACAGCCCAGGUAGGGAGUGGUAGCACUUGAUACCCUGCAGCGAGUCAGGCAUCGUUGCAGCGAUCGCUCUUGCACUGAGGCAGCAAAGGCCUGGGCCCAGCCUGCUCACACGAGUGCUGAGCGUGAGGGACAGCUGCACCCUCCUCUCAUAAAGGCAUUCUUUCCCAGUUCCACCUCUUGGCUUCUGUGUGGUAUAGGUCUGUUCCCGUUUUAUUCUCGCCCCCGUUACAGGAGACACUGAGCACGUGGUGUCGGUUUAGGUUACUUCAGGCCCAGCAGAGUGUGGGCUACACUACACUGGGCAGGAGUGACAGAGACCUGUGAACACCAGAGCACUUCUUAUGCCAGACAACUCAGUGUCCACAGGGAACCUUGAUAAUGAAUUCUGGGAAUUUUUUGCUCCUCUAAUACAAAGCCUUGCUAGACUGAGCUUCUAAGAGAAGCUGCCAACUCUUUGUUCAGCUUUGUAAGAUCAAAGCAUGUACUCUAACACAUAUAAAAUUAUCUUCCUCAGGGCACUAACUGAUGUAUGCAAAAAAAAAAAUCACGAAAUAAAGCUAAUUCAUUUCACUAAAUAAAUCUGAAAUUACUUCUUUUA